CCUUCCACUAUCGUGACAACAUCCUCUAUCUAUCCACAAGUGGCUAGCUAUAAAAUGGCACGCGCUCGCACCGCACGCACGGCCAGGUCCACAGUCAAAGCAGAGCUGAGCGCCUCGACAGAGAAUGCAGAGCCACACCACACGCGCUCCGGCGAGCCUGCUGCACCGCAGCACGGCUGCCGCAGGCAGCUCUGGCAGGCCUUCUCCGUCGCCUUCGUGGCUGCCGCCGCCUCGGCCCGAGCAGCAGACGGCACUGGUGGUGACCGUGGACUCGGACAUGGUGGUGAUCCUGGCGUCGCUGCUGUGCGUCCUCCUCUGCGUCCUCGGCCUGGCCCUCCUCUCCCGGCGCGCUUGCCGCCGCCGACCCUCCGACCACUAUCCUCCUCCCCCCAAGGGCCUCAAGAGGAAGGCCAUCGACGCGCUCCCCACCGUCUCCUUCUUCGCCGCGGCCGCUUUGUCGUCGUCGCUGGAGUGCGCGAUAUGCCUGGCGGAGUUCGCCGACGGGGAGGCCGUGCGCGUGCUCCCGGGAUGCGGCCACGGCUUCCACGCCGCCUGCGUCGACGCCUGGCUCCGGACACGCGCCACAUGCCCAUCCUGCCGGGCCGCCAUCGUUGCCACACCCAUGCAGAUGCAGGUACAGCCAGCUGCGGCGGCGCCCACCGUGGUAGUCGUUGUGGCAGGGAGUAGCAGGUGCGGGAGAUGUGGCGAGGUGACGGCGCCGGCCGGUGCACGCGCUACCGAUGCCGCGUUCUUGGCUUAGUCAGGUUUGUAGGUACUGUUCUUGUGCUUCAUUUUACCCCGACUCUGCUUUUUAUGAGGUAGCUGUUGUUUGCAGCUCCUCUGUAAAGCAAAACUUGUGGUGUCUAAGAUUUCAGUUUGACUCUAAUGCUAGCUACCGUGGCAUUUGCUCCUAAUAAAAUGACUAGUCCAAGUCUCCUUUGAAUGAUCGAUCGAUCACUUCACAAGUUUCGUAUGCACCAAUACGUAAAAAAAAUGAUUAAUUAUUGAGCAUCACCAUCGAGUGAGAGGGCAGGGCGGAAUAGUCUAUUGUCGAUUUCAGUUCGUUUUUGGUGCUCUGUUCUCUGGCCAAAUGGAGCCAAUCAAGCUUUAAUUAGUCUCCAUCAGCAUCGAUUUGCCGUUCAUUGCAAAACAGGAUGAUAGCUGCUUCACGGAUGGAGAUCCAAAGACAAAAGUAAAAGGACAAACUCAUCAUUGUCCUUGUGUUGUUUUUCCUUCUUCGAAAGGGUAGUUUUUGUUGCUUGUUGUUCAAGCUUUAAAUGUUGACAUGGGUGCCAUGUAUAGCUGGCAGGAUUCAGACGAUUGUGACGGAGCGAGU